UGUCAAAUCCCUGUUGUGUUGUGUGUUGCUGCCGGUAAAGACAGGAUGAUGACAGCUGAUCUAGGAUCGUGUAACUGAGGUCAAAGUCAACUGGAUGAAGAGUCAUGGCUCCUGUUGAGGAGGGUCUGAUUCCCUGGUUAUCAGGUUGUUCUUCAUCUCUUCAGAUUAGUAUUGUGUCAGCCUUCUUCAUCAUCAUUUAUGUCACACUCUACAGCCUUUGUACAAGCUGUUUCAGUAAGUUUGACAGUGCAUCAUCCAGCAAUUUACAGAGACAAGAGAAAAGAAAUAUUCCAUUGGCAUCUCCACAAAAUAAACUCCCUGAGUCCAAGGGUGCUGAAUGUAUGCCAGCUGCCAAGGAUCUAUCUGAUCAUAUAUACUCAGAGGCUGAACUGAAUGAGGAGAACCCUUACGAGUGCAUUAAAGAGCCUCCAUCUGACAAAGCUGAAGGGGAGAACGAGAGCCCUUCCACAGCAAUGACAAAGCCUGAUGAUAAUCACACUGUCUCAGCCCUCAACAAACAGGCAGUGGAGCAGCGUCUCUCUGAACCUCACACCCAUGAUCUACAUUUGACCAGCUCAGUUGUUUAUGCUGCAGUGAACUGGAAAAACAAAAGCACAAAACCUCAGUUUUCUACAGAUACUGUGGUUGAAAUGAGUGCUAUUGCUAGGGAGGCUCUCCCUCCCAUUCCAGACAAACAUUUCUAGUAUGACGCUAUACUGUAAAGCAAAAUUUUCAUUUACAAUGCAGCAUUUAUAUUUAUGCUUUUUAAGUCUUUAUACGUCUUUAUGCCUUUAUAUUUGAUAAGUCUUAAAAACAAAAACAGAUUUAGAUUAAUAAAUAAGUAUAUUUGUUUUAGCAUCACUGCAACUUCACAUAAAACUGUAUAAAGGAAGCCAAACACGUCUGGGUUAUUGUAGGUCAGCAUGAGUCACAUGAUAUAAUGCCUCGAGCCAAUACCCAGACUGGAUUCAGAGACUGAAACCCAACAUGCUUGUGCUGUCCAGACCUAAAAUCCCCUUUGGAGGAUGAAGUCCGUCGGCUACGGCGGCAGACAGAAGAAAGCUUAUAAUCCCCAGACAUCAUUUACAUGAUGAACAUUUUCUUCCAAAUGUCUGUUUGCAAAUAAACAAUGCUGAAUAUUUAGGAAAUAGACCAAAUGAUAUAGGUGAAAGGUGACACAUUUUGAAUCUGCAGGCAGACUUCUGUCUAUACUGUACAUUUAAUUUAAAAUGACUUAUCCUGGGGAUACAUUUAAAUAUGAAAAUAUAUAAGAUAAAUGUUGAUAUUUGUUACAUGUUGUUUUCAUGGGACUGUGUGUGUGUGUGUGUAUAAUAGUGUGGAAUA